ACCACUUUCAUCCUCCACACGCAACCCAUCACCGCAACAAUGUCCCCCUCUGGCAUCGUCAUCCCCGCUGAAUACGCCUACGUUGCAGGCGCCUUGGCUUCCACCAUCUGGCUCAACAUCUGGCAGUUCCUCCGCGUCGCCCGCGCUCGCAAGGCCGCUAAGAUCGACUACCCUCAGAUGUAUGCCGAGGUCCAGCAGGCCAAGGACAGGCGGGAGGCGCACCUCUUCAACUGCGCACAGCGCGCACACCAAAACACCCUCGAGUCCCUUCCCACUGUCCUCAUCUCUACCGCCAUCGCAGGUGUCCAAUUCCCCACCUACGCCGCUGCCGGUCUUGGUCUCUGGGUCGCCGGCCGUGUUCUGUACACGAUCGGAUACUCGACGGGCGAGCCCGCCAAGCGCAGCCGUGGAACCAUUGGAACUAUCGCCAUGCUCGGCCUCAUUCUUGGUGCCUCGUACACCGCUGUGGACCUCAUUCGCUCGAUCUAGGGACAUAUUAUAUACAUCGUCUUAAACAGCUACACCCACUGUGUCAUUGGAUAUCGUUGAGUAUAACUUAUCGUCCGCUUUCUGCGCGAAUCCUGCAAUCCGCCCUGUCUGAAGAUACAGUCGACUCUCCCUUACUGCAUACCUCCCAUAAUGCAGACCCUCUAGUAAU